AUGGACGCGCAAAAGUCUAUUCAUUCGAUUCCACACGAAGUUCUUUUGCGGUAUGGGGGAAUAACCAAUGAUCAAAAGAAGAAUUUAUAUAGUGAGAAACAGUCAUUAGAUUUCGUAUACAUAUCAAGCUCUUUGAGGUCGCAGAUAUCUGGCGUUGAACAUCUGUAUCAGUACGGUGUCUGUCAGUCCCCGAAAAGUUUCAACGGGGAAAAUUAUCAUUAUUUUGUAUGUCCCAUAUCGUCAGAUAGAGAGCUCGGCUCCUUUAAGAGCGAACAAAGAUUUUGUUGUGGGGCACCUCCACAGCAAUAUUGUUGUACGUCUAGCCAAUUCUCAUCGAGAAUUCAUAUUGUGCGAUCAGAUCUUUUAGUUUCACCUUCAAUUUUUAUUGGAGCUAGUCUUGCAUUUCUUUUGUUUGGUGUCUUUUGCAUAAUCUACGUGUAUUCAAGAUUAGCGCGUAAUCUUCGUAAAGCAUCUAAUAAAUUGUUUCACGAAACAAACCAUGGUGUAUUUGCCUCACCUGCUUUCCCUCAACCAGUACAGAAUUUAGAGUUGAGUAUUACAUCUGAUCUACAACCAAAUGGACCACCAAAGAAAAUGUUACUUUCUAGCAGUAGUCGAUUGACAAAAAUUUCUCCUGAAAAAUCUAUUCAUGAAAAUCUAUCCGAGAAAACAAAUAUAACUACUACUACUGCAAACAAUAAUAACAAAUUGUCAGCAAUAUUUGAUAAUUCCGCAAGUAA